GUGAAGCGAAAUGUGUCACGUGGAACAAACGUGUUGCAUUACGACCCGAUUGUGCUAACUGCGUUGAAUGUCGGGUUGCGGUGGCGCAUGCGUAUAACUUAGGUAUGGGAUCGAAGGGUCGGUCUUCAGGUGUAGGCAGGGUAGAGAAGUCGGGGCGGUCGCUGGGAGACAGUUCAGGUAACCGCCAGGAGCGACUCCGUCACAGAAAGAGCAGUUGUCGCAGCAACACUCCGCAGAAGACUGUUACUGGUUAUUCCUCUAAAGUUGUUGCAUCGAAGAGAACAGUCCACCAUUCAUCGCCGUUACGAAAAUCGAAACCAUCGCCGGUCAACGAACUUGACAUAUUAGCACUAAGCCAAAAGGAGCAACAGUCUAAAUCAGGAAACCGAGGAAAAGAUGGCAUUCAAAACCGUCCAGAAAGAACGCAGUAUCGCCAGUUUCCUGGCAUAAUGGAUAGGCGUGGAUUUUGGGGCUCAAGAAACAGUGGAUCAUCUGGAAUGAGGCAAGGAAUGGACUAUCGUCGCACUCCGAUGUAUCCGCCACGACGCGGCAUUGGAGGAGGCGACUUGGCCGAUCAGCGUACACACUACGGACGUAGUGGUCGGCAGUCUUAUCAGCGAGGUACUGAGCAAAACAAAUCAAUAAACGAUGAAGAAAAGCCGGUGAUGAAUCUGUUCGAUCCAUGUAAAGUCCCUACAGGACGCUCUUACUUUACGCAUGAUGAUCGAGCUACAAAGUCAGUGCGCAUCUCACGGUCAAGAUAUUCGACUUCUGGUGACAGUGGUUGGCAGUCGUUACCAGUUGGCUGGCGCAAUGUUCGAAAGGUGCGGAGAAGCGAUGAUGUCCUUCACGAUGAUAAUCAUGCCUCUUACCAUAAAAAGCGCUCUGAAAAAAAUCCAGCUGAUGAAGUGUGGAAACAUGAUAUGUUUGAAUGCGAAGAAAGUGAAGGAGCUCAGGUUGCAUAUGUUCGGGAUCAGUUAUAGAUUGCUUUGGUCAGUUAUAGAUUAUUUUCGCUUGUUUGUCUGUGUUGUGCUCGUUAUGUUUCAAUUCUUUUGUUGAAGUUUAUACUUCUGUUGCUAAUGUUUAUGCAACGAUUAUUGCAUUUAAUGCAAUGUUGAGAAAUGUUACUAAAUUGAAUUUGUCCUCAACACAGUGCAAAAAAUGAGAACUGUAAAACAGCAGUUGAAUAAGAUCGAUUUUACUAGUUUUAAAUUCAUAUCAAGGAAUAUUUUCUAUCACUGUUUCUUUGAUAAAGUUUUUGAACGG